AUGACGCCUCGACUAACCCCCCUCUACGUUAUCCGUACCUCUGGCACACACACUACCGUGCUCCGCUCAGAUCCAUGGGACGGCCUGAGCAGGACUGCCGAGAUAAAGUGGCCACGGAAAAUUCCUACCAAGGGAAAGACAAGGGAGAUUUUGGGCAUUCUUAUACAACUCUCAGACGGUCGAUGGCAGUCGGCCGAUGCCAUUCUCAAGCCAGGAAAUAUGCUUAGCUCGCCCCCCCGAUUCAACAUUCCCAAUUACUCUCACUCGAUGCGCUGGAAACGUGUUGGGUCCACCUACUGGUGCACUACUUCCUCUGUCAAGGGUCCUAUCGCGAUAUUCUAUCCAGCAGUCGAAGGCGUACCCCCACGAAUCAAAGUGUUUGAAACACUACACGACAAAUACCAGUCUCAAUCAGUUGCCUCCCACAAUGGCGUUUCCAUUGUGCUACUCGACCAACUCAUUAUUACUGCUAUGCUUCUUGUGACUGACGUACAAGACUGGAUGCUCGUCCAGAAGUAUGAAGGGGCUGAUGAAGGGGCCCCGUCCAUUGCCCCGACUUCAAGCAGCUCAGAUCAGAUGGAUCCCCCCCAGUCCGCUCCCGCGUCUGCUUCUCAAUGGCGCAAAAUAUUAUAUGGCGAACCAAUAUUCCCCAAGCGCAGCCCCUCCAAUAUGCGCAGCGUGUCUACUACAGACUUAUCCAAACCUCUCCCAACGUCUUCAAAACAAAUGGCCAAGAUCGUAUAUGGCGACCCAUUGUUUCCUACUCUGACUGCCAGUCCGGCAGCCUCCUCUGUUUGGGAUUCAGACGACGAAAUCAACGACUAUGACGACCGUGUCUCUGUCAGGACCAGCGGCGGCGCGUUGCCUUCACCACUGUCGAGCCAUUUCCCAGCAAGGAUACACAGCCCGUCAACGGACUCGAUGUGUUACCCUGAUGGCCGUUCUCCGUCGCAUCCGUACAUGGAGGCAAGUGGGUAUUACGGGGAAGACAGCCUUUCUGUCCCUCCAGUGCCACAAAUACCAGCUCAUUUGCAAUAUGCUUCAUCUAACAGUCGGGGCACCACUCCGCCCGACUCAGCGCGCUCCAUGUCAAGGUCAAAUUCACGGUCUUUCAAAGAACUACCUCCGCCACCGAUAUCGCCUACCUCUCCGUUGACCCCGCUACGCGCUAAUCGGUCGCAGUCAACACCCCCCAGAGAAAUUCGCGCGAGUUCCUUUGAACGGAGACCAUCAGAACCGUUAUUUUUGAGUCCAAUGCAUCGCAGCUCGAGCUCCAGGUCCUCCAACCUAACCUCCAUUUCUUCGGCCAUGACUUCCUCGUCUGCACCCCCACCACUCCCUCCCUUACCACCAACUCCGACGCUGGCCCGAUCACAGUCGAUGAAACUCCGACAACUGCCACAGCCACCAACGCCAACCGAAUCGUCCAGCAGCAACAGCCCCUUUUCUACACGUGCGUCACGGAGAGUCUCAACCUAUAGCAUGCGAUCGCAAUCGAGCGUCAGUUCUGCAAGAGCGCUGCCGAUCCCACCUGGCCACCAUAAUAACCCGCCUCCGUUACCGCCGUUACCGAUACCAAGGAAAGACGAAAUGUGGCUGUAUCCAUGGGGAGAAGACCAGAGCAGUAGGACUGCACCUCCCUUUGCUGCUGGCGAAGCGCCGCCGCCAUAUGUGGAACGUCACUCACAAGCUAACUUGGCUUCAAUGUAUAUGGCUGAGCCAACUGCAGCGACAUCCUCCUCAUGA